GGCUGCGGGGACGAGGACGGUGACGGGGAUGAGGACAGGGACGGGGACGGGGACGUCGUGGCGCUCUCCAGCUCCAUCGGCUGAGCGCAGGGGGCGGCGGCUCCCAGGGCACCCUGUCCACAGCACACACUGCCAUGUCACCGUCUGCCGUGGCAGCAUCUGCAAUUCUCCCCCCGUCACUGUACCCCCUCCCUUUGGAUCCCCCCCAUUUUUCCCUAUCUCACCGUAUCGCCCCCAUUGCUCCCCACCCCGUUGCCCCCUCCAUGUCACCCCGUCCUCGUGCCCCUCACCUUUGUGCCCCCCAGGUGCCCACCACCCUCACCUCCCCUGCCUGGGUCCUCCACCCACCAUCCCCCGGCCGUGCCCCAGUCCACUCCACAACAUCACCUCAAUGCUCUUGUGCUGCCCUGCACCCCACGAGUCCCUCGGGCACCAGACAAGCCCCCCAGGCCAGUAAAUAGUGUAGGACCUACCGUAACAGCAGCGCGAGCACAGGUUCGAGCAGUGGACGUUGAAGGUCUCCUGGGCUGCAGGGUGCCCUAUAUGUAGGUCUGGCUGGGAUGGGCAGCGAUCAAGGAGCUCCACCCACCCUAUAUGCUCCCCCCCCCGGCAAUGACCCCCCCCCCCAAAAACCUCAGUUUCCCCCUGUGAGGGACAGGGAGCUGCUGCCAGACAGGACGGAAGCGGCCGCAGUAUCGCUGCUGAGGAUGGUUUCCCCAUGGCCCCCCUGGGGUCACCCGGUCCCCGUGGGCUGGUUCCAGCAGGAGCCCCCCACCCCACAGCCACCCGGUGCCAGGCAGGGGGGCUUGGGGCACGUGGAAGCCCCAGGGCUGGGUUGGUGGCCACGCUGGCUGUUGCGUGCCAGGGCCGGUGGCACGGCAUCCCCGUGAUGGCAUCUCCCUGCCGGGCGCUGGCUUCCUGCCACCCGCCAGCAGCUGCUGAGUCGGGGCGAUGCUAUCGGGGGGCCAGGGGGAGCGGGGCCCCACACGCACCGUGGCACCGCUCCUCGCCGCAGCCUCAGCCAACAGGGGGGGAUGCCUGGGGGGCUGGAGGGCACAGGGAUGUGGGGACGCCGUGGGGAUGUCGUGGGGGCUUCGUGGAGAUGGGACGUGCGCAUGGACACAUCCCCGUGCUGCAGGUGGGGAUGGGGACUGGCGUGUGCCCAUGCUGGGGGCCGAGGAGGCGUCAGCGUUGGGUUAAGACAAGCACAGGGACACUGGAGGUGGCCGAGGGACAUGGGUGCUGGGGACACCGCCGCUGUGCUGGGGACCGGGGUGGUGGCCGGGGGUGCCAUGGCCUCGUGGCCGUGCCCUGGCACGAGGACAUGGUGGGAUGGCUCGUUUCCUGGCGCCGUAAUCGCCGCUAAUUGGCUUUGCCCUCCCCGGGGCGGGGGGUGUGGGGCAGGUAAGAGGAUUUCCCUGCCUCCUUCUUAAGGGCUGGCCGCCCCCCAGCCCUGCUUCCCGCCGCCUGCCUCCACUCCAGCCCCCGGCCCCAUGCCACGCACGCGGGGGGACAAGGGGGCCCCCAAGGACGCCGAGGCCCCAGGCAAGGGGAAGGGGGAGCAGGGGGGCGAGAGCUCCCCGAAGCCCCCCGAGGAGGGCGGCUCCCCCGGCAGCGGCAGCCCCGGGGCUGAGUCCCGGCACGGCGGGCACGGGAGGAAGAACAGCAAGAAGGGGGCCGGGGACCCGCACGCCGCCGCCACCAAGGCUUACUCGCCCUUCCUCAACACCGUCUUCGGCAAGGAGCGGGAGCUGUCGCCGGAGGAGCUGGAUGAGCUGCUGGAUGCCUUCAAGGAGUUUGACACCGACCAGGACGGCUUCAUCAGCUACAAGGACCUGGGCGCCUGCAUGCGCACGCUGGGGUACAUGCCCACCGAGAUGGAGCUGAUCGAGAUCUCGCAGCACAUCAAGAUGAGGAUGGGCGGCCGCGUGGACUUCGAGGACUUUGUGCAGAUGAUGGGGCCGAAGCUGCGGGAGGAGACGGCGCACAUGGUGGGCGUCAGGGAGCUGAAGAUUGCCUUCCGCGAGUUCGACAUGAACGGGGACGGGGAGAUCAGCAGCGCGGAGAUGCGCGAGGCAAUCGCGGCGCUGCUGGGCGAGCAGCUGAAGGCACAGGAGGUGGACGAGAUCCUGCAGGACGUGGACCUCAACGGGGACGGCCGUGUGGACUUCGAUGAGUUCGUCAUGAUGCUGUCCUCCCGCUGAGGAAGCCUCCGGAGAGGAGGGGACCCGGGGCAUCGACACCGCUCCUGCCCCCCCCCAGCACCUCCUGCUCCAUCCCAUCCCGAGUUAUUGGGGUCCAGAGCGAGCAGUGGGAGCCGAGCCCACCUCUGGGAGCGGGGCGCCCACCAGGACCCCCUGGCAGCGUGGUGGGGGGGCUGUGGGCACCCAAUAAAGCUCCUUGCUCAGA